AUGCCGUCCUUCUUCGCUUCCGGCCUUCACGGCCUUCCCCCAACUCCUCCCGAUAUCCACAGUGGCUCCAGCAUGGAGGGUGAGCAGCCUUUCUACAUGUUCGGCCCCGCUGCCUUCCCCCCUCGCUACUCCCAGACUGGUUGCGAAUUCAUCGAGCAGUACUCCCAGUCGGCGUGCUACACAAAGCCAGCCCCGAUGAACCCUCAUUCCCAGUCGGUACACCCUUUGCGCGGAGGCAGAGAGAUCGCAACUGCUCACUCUAUUCUCCCCCAGCAGGGUGCCGUUCGACCCAUGUACGGUCCGCUGGCCACUGCUCCCGUGCUGCCCCCCAUUCGGAACAAUGUCCAGCUUCCUCCCAUGGAUAGCAACGCGAUUCCUCAGUAUCGCCGCCAAGACAUCCUGAUGCAACCCGAACAAUCGCAGCACCGCAAGGAGGAGAAGACCACCGGGGGUGUGGCAGCCCAUUUGGAUUACGAGAUGGACCAGAUGUCGGAUUUUGUGGCGGAGAUGGCCCAGGGAAUCGUCUCCCCAGGAUUGUCGGUACCCCCUCAGUUCCGGAAAUACGUCUUCCAAAUCCUGUCGUCGACCCGUCUCCCCAGUUCCACCAUCCUCCUGAGUCUGUACUACUUGGCCAGCCGGAUGCGGAUGCUCUCGGCUGCCGGCGUCUAUACCUCUGGCAGUGGCCAGGUCUAUCGCAUGCUGACGAUUGCCCUUCUCCUGGGAAGCAAGUUCUUGGACGACAAUACGUUCCAGAACAAGUCCUGGGCCGAGGUUAGCAACAUUCCCGUUGCCGAUCUGAAUGCCAUGGAACUCGAAUGGCUUUUCGCCUUUGAGUGGAAGAUCCAUGACCGCAUUUACGACAAGCAGGAUGGAUUCGCAACCUGGCGUGCUCACUGGAAUACCUGGCGGAACAAGGCAACCCUGAAGUCCCGAGAGCAGCCUCGUCAGCGCCCAACUCCAACAAUCGAUACCCAUGCCACGAGAUCCCAGCCCAUCUCCACGCCGCUCCUGUCUCCAGAAGGCCCGAUCCCGCCACAAUACCAGCGCAGAUCUCAAUAUGAGAAUUCCUGGUUGAACCCGGCAGCGUUGGAAUAUUCGCCUCCGUCUGCUCCCCAAAGCGGUCCAACUACGCCGGAUUAUUAUCCGCUCGGUCCUUGGCCCUUUGCUGCAAAUCCCGCACCGUCGUUUCCUCGUGCAUGGGUUCCUCAACAGCCGUACAUCCCGCGAUCUGCGCCACGGCCUCAGCAUCCCCCUUAUCACCAUACGCCAUCAUAUGCGUUGCCGUUUGCGCAAAAUAUGUGGUCUGGCCAUGGAUCGUCUUGUGGCUGCUUGUAUUGUGCCAAACAGCUUGAGCACUAUAUGUGUGGUAACACCUUUGGCGCCAUGCCAACCAUUGUCGCUGCCUGA